GGGGGAUUUGAAGCGGAGCGGGUCGGGGGUCGGUGAGAGAACGACGACCAUUUCGCUCGCCCCCAGUUCUCCUCUGUAGAAGUCGGCGACCACCAAGCGCAGGGAGCGAUGGCGCAAACGACCAUGGCAAAGAUCUUGGAGAUGAAUCCUGGCUUCUCUUCUUCCCACCUUGCCGGAGGUCGGCGGCCGACGCCCCUCACUCCUUCUCUCCGCCUCCGAUCGGCAUCCAAGCUUGCAGGGUCCGGCUCUCUGAGAAUCGGGAGCAACAGAAGGUCUGUCACGUUUAAGGCUUCUCCUCUUUGGGUUUCGGCCUCCGUCGCGACAGCUACCGAGAAGCCCUCGACGGCCCCGGAGAUCGUGCUGCAGCCGAUCAAGGAGAUCUCCGGGACCGUCAGGCUCCCCGGCUCCAAGUCGCUCUCCAAUCGGAUCCUCCUUCUCGCCGCCCUCUCCGAGGGAACUACUGUUGUAGACAAUUUGUUGAAUAGUGAUGAUGUUCGUUAUAUGCUUGCUGCUUUGAGAACCCUUGGCCUAACUGUGGAAGAUGACAGUGCAACAAAAAGAGCAAUAGUUGUAGGUUGUGGCGGCCAGUUUCCAGUCAGUAAAGAUUCCAAAGAGGAAGUUCGACUCUUUUUAGGAAAUGCAGGAACUGCAAUGCGCCCAUUGACUGCUGCUGUUACUGCUGCCGGUGGAAAUGCAAGUUACAUACUUGAUGGGAUUAAUCGGAUGAGGGAAAGGCCUAUAGGAGACUUGGUUACUGCUUUAAAGCAGCUAGGUGCAGAUGUUGAUUGUUUCUUGGGCACUAACUGCCCCCCUGUCCGUGUUAAUGCAAUGGGAGGUCUUCCAGGGGGAAAGGUGAAACUCUCUGGAUCCAUCAGCAGUCAGUACUUGACUGCUUUGCUCAUGGCAGCUCCCUUAGCUCAUGGAGAUGUGGAGAUUGAAAUCAUUGACAAAUUAAUUUCUAUUCCAUAUGUUGAAAUGACUUUGAAAUUGAUGGAAUGUUUUGGUGUCACUGUGGAGCAUUCUGAUAGUUGGGACAGAUUCUUGAUCAAGGGCGGUCAAAAGUACAAAUCUCCUGGCAGUGCUUAUGUAGAAGGUGAUGCAUCAAGUGCUAGUUAUUUCUUAGCAGGUGCUGCAGUUACUGGGGGCACUGUCACUGUGGAAGGUUGUGGUACAGCCAGUUUACAGGGUGAUGUGAAAUUUGCGGAAGUUCUUGAGAAAAUGGGAGCCAAGGUUACAUGGACUGAGAACAGUGUCACCGUUACUGGUCCACCACGAGAUCCUUCCAACAGAAAAAACUUGCAUGCCAUUGAUGUAAACAUGAAUAAAAUGCCUGAUGUUGCCAUGACCCUCGCUGUUGUGGCGCUAUUUGCCGAUGGUCCAACAGCCAUUAGAGAUGUGGCCUCUUGGAGAGUCAAGGAGACCGAAAGGAUGAUUGCCAUUUGUACAGAGCUUAGAAAGUUGGGAGCAACAGUGGAAGAAGGGCCUGAUUAUUGUGUGAUCACCCCACCGGGGAAGUUGAGUGUGACAUCAAUUGACACAUACGAUGAUCACAGGAUGGCAAUGGCAUUCUCUGUCGCUGCCUGUGCUGAUGUCCCUGUCACUAUUAAAGACCCUGGCUGCACACGCAAGACUUUCCCCGACUAUUUUGAUGUCCUGCAAAGGUUUACAAGGCACUGACCAACUGGAUUUGCAAAGAAGAUUUAGUGUGGUCAGUAACCAUGGGCUGCAGCCAUGUAAACUUCAUGGAUGGUAUGUGAGUGAGCAUUAUUGUUUUCUUGUACAAUAACGUCGCCAAUGUUGCCAGGAAGGCUGUUAUUUUAAACAUUUUUAGAGAUACAAUGCAUGCUUAAAAGGAAAGAUGCAGGGUAAUUAAUUGUUAAAUUUGGUUCCUUCCGCUC